ACAGUUGCAAUGUAAACUACGUAGAUGCAGCACGAGCCUUACAGUUAUGCUCGAACAAUACGGUAAGUAGUCAUGGCAGAUUGUAUUUCUAAACCCUUUAGCUUAUGUUCGUUCGUCUUUAUCAGGAUGCGGCGGUGGCUCUUUUAAAGACAGACUCGACUGUACAACAGGAAUCAGAAGAGGUGGGCUGGGAAAGAUCAGUCAAGCUGCAGGAUAUUCGAAUCAGCUUAUUGGUGCGGCUGCGCCUGGUAAUCCCGUUCGUUUCGCUAAUUUGGGAGCACCCUGACAAAUGCGAAUUGCUGCAGUGGAUUGUUACACUGGUGGAGUUAUUGGAGGUAAAUGGCGAGAUUAACACCAACUCGCAGCCAUGCAACACAAUAUGCUCAUUCUUCUAUCUUAAUUUAUUACAGACACCAUUGGUGCAUGGCAGUGGAACACAAGAGUGCUUUUUUGAAUUUGUUCUCGACCUUGUUUCUUUACUCAUGGACGGUAGGUUUGAAGAGGGCAUCUUGUUGCCUUAUAGUGAUGAUAAUGUACCCAUGACUAGGAUUGCUAACGUUUGUACUACAGAGGUGCCAAGAGAGUUGCGGAAAACCAACCUGCAGCAACUUUCUAAUCUACAGCCAAAUCUCAAAAUCCCACUUAUCUUUGCCAGUCGUAUCAAGAGAAUAUUGCCGUUCCAGACCCAUAAUGCAUAUUUGACCAAUGUUAAACUACCCGCUGCCUUGCAAACCCCAUCGACGUUUGACCACCCACUGAACAACCAACAGCAAUUACAACUGUAUCUCCAGCAACCUCGACCUUGGGAGUGGAUUGAAGACUAUGUACCUGAACCUGUUCAAGAUAACGAUGCACCACUCAACUUGAUGUGGUUUAAUGCUCGCAAGAUCAAGAGAGAAGAAGUAACGUAUUCAAGAUGGUUCAAACUCGGGUUUGGCCAUCACUGGAUCGAUAACGAUAGACGCGUCGUAGGAAAUAACAAGGAUGAGGCUGAACAAGAACAAUCUUACGAUCCAAUGGUUCUGGACGAUUCGUCGCUACCGGUUGCACAAAGUCAUGUUGGCGUUAAGCGAAAAUUGGAUGUAGAAGAUGGCGAAAUUGCUGAUGACAGCUCUUUCUGAUUUAUAGAUACUUUUGAAGAGUUUUGUUUUUAUUUGCCUCUGGACAGAAUUUUCCGUUAAAAACCAAAAAAAUAAAAAUGGAACUUGUAAUAUUAGAAAGCGAAG